ACAGUUCAACUUUUUAACAAAGUUUAACAGAACUCAAAGCAUAUACGCAAACUUACAUUAGGAUAUUAUAAUUGAAAAAUUGUUUAAUAUGGACCCGCCAUCGCCAUGGAAAACACCAAAUCAAGUUAUGCAGAUACAUAAACUUAAAAAGCGGAAAAAAGCUUUACAGGAACGUAUGAAACAGUCCUCUAACUCGAUUCCUACAGAAACAAGUUCAACAAGCAAAUCAUCAGUUAACUUAGAUUUCUCUAGGAUUCUUAACGGUGAUAAGAGAAAAAAUCCAUUUUCCAAGACAGCUGCACAACAGAAUAAAAAAGUAAAGUUAGAAGAUACUAUACAACUAGAUAUAUCAAAUGAUAAAACUCUUUUUGCAUUAUUAAAUUUACCUAAAGUAAUUGAAAAAUCACCACAUGAAGUUGACACAGAAAAAUUAUCAACAUUUUCCAAUCUCCUACAAAAAUUCACUGCUGAGCAUACAUUAGAAAAUAAAGUAACAGAGAAGAAGUACAAGAAACUGCCAAUAGACUGGGCUCUGAAAACAAAAUUAAGACUUAUGUCAGCUAAACCAUUCCCAUGGACAAAUAAAUUAAAAGCUAGUGAGGAAGCUUCAGGAAUAACUGGGUUUGUCCGAUGCUUAGACACAACAUCUUCAUCUACAUUAGACACAUCACCGAGAGCUCGUUUUCAUCAGACAUGUUUAUAUUGGCAACAUCCACACUUGCCUUGGUUAAAUCUCUUUCCGCGGUCUGGCAGAGUUGCAGCCACCAGCUUCCUGGCUACCAAUGAAGAAGUCAAGAAAGCCUUGCUUACAGAAUGGACAGAAAGUUUUAGAUCUCUGUUUCAGCUAUUACGUGCACUACACUGCCCAUAUUUUUAUGUCUGUGGCAACACAUUUACAUGUCUGUUCCUAGCAGCUGGAAUCUGCGGAAUGACUGAACCCACAGCUCUAAUAGCACCCACAACUAGGGGCUUCCGACAGACCUUAAGGCAAGAAGACGUGGAAUACACGAUGCCACUCAGGCCUGAUCAAAAGAAGAAGAUGAAUACCUCAGAGGAAGAUCGAAAGAAUUCCUCCCACGAUAGUUGUUAUGACACAAUGGACACCGGGGAACAUGCUUCGGGGGAUGAAGAGGAUCCUCAUGAGUUCCUUUCUCAAAUGGGAUUGGAAACUGAUGAGAUUAAUAAGAUAAAUAAUGCGCAGGCUCGACUAGCACAUACCGCAGAAAGCACAGUCGACAACGCAGCUGAGUCUUUAGUGGCUGUACGAGGCGCGGAUGCGCAGGCCCUGUUUAAUUUCCUCCUCAACUGCAAGUCUCUAGUCAGCCCCAAUGGACCCUUUGCGGGGGUCCCGCCCACUUUAUUAUCUCCUACAGCCUUUCAUGGAGGAACGCUGCAGUCUUUAAAGGUCCGCGAAAACGUAAUCCUAUCAGAUAGUAAAAAGUAUUACUCAAUAGAGUUGAAAGGUCCACUUCUGCCGACUGCUCUUCACUCAAUAUUCAGGGUCUUAAAUACCACAUCCAAUGCUCAAUACAGCGCCACUUUCGCACAUCAUCAGCCAACGCUGGCCUUCUCUUGGGCGGCAAAAGUUAUUUCUGAGGAUGAAUCGACAAAAGAAAACGAGCCCAAUCACUUCGCCAAAGCGUUUAACAAGGAAAACCUCUCAGACUGUGGUAUAAGUGAAGAUUUAUUAACACAUUUUUGUUCCUCUGAAGCAAAUGGCAUCCUUUCUUUAGAUAGUGUUAAAUAUAAUUCGGAAGAUGAUACGUUUACAUGGUGAUAUAUUUAGCUAGCAAUAAUAGAGGUUUACCUUGAGCACAUUGCGGUAACUGACAUUAUUACUGAUUUGACAGAUGUUUGAGAUAUUUGAGAAUUGACAAUUGACAUUUAAUGGGUGUUUAGCCGCUGACACAAAAUAAAAUAAAACUAUAUAUAAAAAAAUAUUGUUCCACCAUGAAAUUGAAAGAAGUUUUGUGACCAUUUUCAGCAGAAAUAGAUUGACGUCAUUGGACACUCAUACCUGCCAAAUAUUUUAGCUAGAGAUAAAUAUGAUUUAUUUUUAUAUAUUUGAAAAAUAAUGUAGAUGUAGCGAUAUUUCUUGACUUCCUUAAAAAUUACGUCUCGUUGAGUAACUUCUGUACUUAGGUAAUUUGUCAAGGUGACAAUUGAUAUGCGCCACGAAAACUUAAACUAAAAAAUUGUUGGUUUAAAAUUAAUGUGUGAAUUUUCCCAAUAAAAUUUGUUUGAUGUGUGUGUACAAAACUUACAUAUUUUUAAGAGAUGCAACGCCUCUUUAUAUAAUUCCUAUUAGUUUAAUUAUAUAAUUAAACCGGGAAACAAAUUUGUCGAAUUGUAACCUUUCUUCAAGUUAAUAAAAAAUACCAGUAACUUUUAUUAUAUCAUAAUUAUCCACAACAUGCAAA